AAGUCAUUUCCAUAAAGGUGGCACUCCCUGAGUUUGGACCCUAAACUUUAUCAUAAAGGGGAAGAGACUCUCUUUCACAUAGACACUCACAGCUGUGUGCAUCACAGAACACAUCUUUUCAUAUCAAGACUACUGAGCAGGGUUUCUACACUUAAACUGUCAAAAUGGCAAAUAAAGGUCCAUCCUAUGGUCUGAGUCGUGAGGUGCAGAGUAAAAUUGACAAGAAGUACGAUCCAGAGCUGGAGGAGCGCCUGGUGCACUGGAUCACCCUUCAGUGUGGGGAUUCUGUCGGAAAACCUCAACCUGGAAAACUAGGUUUUCAGCAAUGGCUUAAGGAUGGAUGUAUUUUGUGUGAGCUGAUUAACAGUCUCUUUAAGGAUUCAAAGCCUGUGAAAAAGAUCCAAAGUUCGCCGAUGGCUUUUAAACAGAUGGAGCAGAUCUCUCAGUUCCUUGCCGCUGCCGAACGCUAUGGGGUCACCAAGACUGACAUCUUUCAGACAGUUGACCUGUGGGAGGGUAAGGACCUUGCCGCUGUGCAAAUGACGCUGCUGUCUCUGGGGAGUCUGGCUGUUACUAAGAGUGAUGGCUGUUACCGCGGUGACCCCAGCUGGUUCCACAAGAAAUCCCAGGAGAACAAGAGGGAGUUCACUGAGGAGCAGCUGAAAGAAGGUCAGAACGUAAUCGGCCUACAGAUGGGGACUAACAAAGGGGCAUCGCAGGCGGGCACGACUGGUUACGGUCGACCUCGGCAGAUCUUGAACAACUAGACCUGUCCUUCUCAGUCCUUCAGUAGAGUGGACCCGAUGUCACUUAACCCUUCAGCAAACCCCAGCUGGACAAUAACAAGGAACAGAACACACAGUGCUUAAACCAAAGUUUACAAAUUCACUGUAUCAUUUCAAACCUAAAACUGCUCUAGUCCCUACAACAUGAGCUGGUAUCCUGUACAUUCCAUUAGAAUUUCAUUAGUCUGCCGUAAAUUCUAUUAGAGUGCAGACGGACAUACAUUCCAUUAUUCUAUUUCAUACAUUCCAGAGAAACGCAUUCUGCUGCAUUCCAUGGGAUCCAAAUGCCUAUAAGGUGAUUUUGGCCUUGCACAGUAUUGUCUUGUCCUGUGUUUCUGUGGAUCCAAUUCAUAUUCUCCGCUCAAUAUUCAUUUCCUGAUCUAAAAUCAAAAUGAAUCUAGGGCUUUACAUCAAUAUGCUUAUACAUUGUACAUGAGUAAGUGAUAAUUGAUUUUGCUAAUAAAAUUCAUUAAAAUUUUGAAA